AUGCAUCUGUGCAACCUACACUCCACCCCGCUUCCCUGCCAUUCCGCCCCCCCACCCCAUUCCCCCCAGACCCCGUGUUCCUGCUGUCCCCCCUGGGCAUGCACUCGUGGUGGUGCAGGUCCCGGAGUGAGUGGUUUCGCCAAUGCGCGCGCCACCGUCUUUGGGGAUUGCUACCCCCUGCCGCCCAGCCAGCCAGCAGGUGCGAUUGCCAUCCCUGCCGCCCAGCCAGCAGGUAGGAUAGGUACUAGGUACCAGGUAGCAGGAGGUGCCACUGUUCUUAGCAAAGAACGACCUGUGAUCGUGUGUCAGAUGCGUUUGUGGCUGCCUCGUUGUGCAUGCUGCGAGUACCGGUCGCCCCUUCCCUGCCUUCAUCACCGCACCCCUUCCCUCCCUUCAUCACCGCACCCCUUCCCUGCCUUCAUCACCGCACCCCUUCCCUGCCUUCAUCACCGCACCCCUUCCCUGCCUUCAUCACCGCACCCCUUCCCUGCCAAAAUCACCGCACCCCUUCCCUGCCUUCAUCACCGCACCCCUUCCCUGCCUUCAUCACCGCACCCCUUCCCUCCCUUCAUCACCGCACCCCUUCCCUGCCAAAAUCACCGCACCCCUUCCCUGCCUUCAUCACCGCACCCCUUCCUUGCCUUCAUCACCGCACCCCUUCCUUGCCACGGUUUGCUCUGCAUUGCUGAGGUGGCUGCCAGGCUCGAGAGUUGCACCGUUCCCACUUUCUUCCCCUCCACGCCCCUCUGUGUUCUUUCCCCACUUGGCCGACCCUCCCCCUCGCCAGCCACACCCUCGGCGAGUGCCAGCGUGGUGCAGCAGUAUGGUUACCCAAAUAUGGAGAUGAAGUGUGUCUGCGGGAGCUGCAUUGGCGCAACAGUCUGCUCAUCAUGUCGCAGUGUGUCACCCAUCAACAUAUCCCAGAUGGUCGCCUGUGUGGGCCAGCAGUCCGUCCGUGGCAAGCGAGCGCCCAACGGCUUUCUGCACCGCUCCCUGCCGCACUUCCCCCACCACGACCGCUCGCCACAGGCGAAGGGCUUUGUGGCAAACUCUUUCAACAGCGGGCUGACACCCACCAGGUUUGUGUUAAACACCAUGGGCAGCCGAGAGGGGCUCGUUGACACUGCUGUGAAAACAGCAGAGACGGGGUGCAUGUUGCGGCGGCUGAUGAGAGCACUUUGGAUCUGUCAUUUCAUACGAUGGGACUGUGCGGAACGCGAGUGGGGGCAUCGUGCAGAUGCGGUAUGGCGAUGGUGGCAUGGACCCCACUCACAUGGAGGAUUUGUCCUUUGGCGAGCCUCUCCCCCUCAGACUUGUGUCAUUUCUUCCCCUCCCACCAUCCCAUUGCUGCUGAGAUGCCCUGCCAUGUGA